AUGUUGUCUCGGCCAGUUAUGACUCAACCCAUUGCCUGCCCUCCAAUGGAGCCUUCUCCCUCCUCCUUCUCGUCCUACUCGUCCUACUCGUCCAAUUCCUCCUUCUCCACGCUCAGCGACGAGUCCAUGGGUUUCCUGGAAAUGUAUCACCUCAUGGCCAACGAGCUCCCACUCAGCCCCCAGCCCGCAUUUGAGCCCUCCUCCCUCGAAAGCACCACCUACUACGAAUUCAAUCCUACUUUCGUCUACACCCCUGAGCCCUUCCCCAUGGACACCGUGACCUCAUUCCCCUCCAGCUCGACUCCAGUCUGGUCACCCGCGCAGAUGACUCCUCUCGACCAGGCCCUGUUCCCUCCUCUGGACGCCUUCAGCCCCCAGGAGCCAUCCAAGUAUGCCUUUUCUCUUCCUAUCUCUUCCUCGCAUUCCAGACCCGUCAAGCCAUACGCCUGCGACGACUGCGGGAAGAGUUUCACCCGCCCGGCAGACCUCAAGCGUCACCAGACCACCGUCCACUACCCGGUCUUCCAGAAUUGUCCUGUCGCGGGUUGUUCGCGAAAGGAUGGCAAUGGGUUCCCGCGACGAGACCAUUUGGUCGAGCAUCUGCGCUCUUACCACCAUAUGGAUGUACCGAAGCGUCGAUCCGCCAAGCGAUUGAAGACUGCUUAA